AUGGAUCAAUCGUUUGAUCUCCCCGAUUCUACCGAUUGGUUGGAAACACCACUUUCGCUACUCGCGCCGUUCGAAUCCUCAUUACGAUGUCAAGUCUGCAAAGACUUUUUCGAUAAUCCCGUUAUCACUUCCUGCAGUCAUACAUUUUGCUCGCUAUGUAUUCGCCGUUGUCUCAGUGCCGAAGGCAAGUGUCCAGCAUGUCGAAGCUCUGACCAAGAGCUCAAACUACGUCGCAAUUGGGCGGUGCAGGAACUUGUCGACGCGUUCAUGGCAGCACGGCCGAGUGUACUCGGGCUUGCGAGGAAGGAAACCGAGCGCUUGUCUCGGGGGGAGAAAGAAGCAGAGAAGCCUGCACAAAAAAAGCGGAAGGUCAAUCCGGUAGAAGAGGAGGAGACACGGGUCCCGGACACAAAUUCGCAACCCCGGCGGACUCGCUCUCAAAGAUAUAUCAAUAGCUCUGCGGAACAGCGGGCUGUCCCUGACAUUGUGCCAGAGGUCAUUGAAGAUAGCCAGGAAGAGGAAGAAUAUGUGCCUGAAGAUGGCUUGGUCUCUUGCCCAAUAUGCUAUCGCAAGAUGAAGGAAGAAGCAGUGUUCCCACACCUUAAUGUGCACCAACAGGAAGAAGCACCCCUUACAGGUUCAAGUACAAAGCCAGCAUCAUUCGGGUCAUUAAAAGCGCCAUCCCAAAGAGGCCUUCCCCUCAAUAGCAAACAGCCCGAGCGACUUCCUGCCAUAAAUUACUCCAUAUUGAAGGACAUCGCAUUGCGGAAGAAGCUCCGGGAUCUCGGAAUCCCAGAUUGGGGCCAGAAACAGUUAUUGCAAAGACGUCAUACCGAGUGGAUGAAUUUGUGGAAUGCAAAUUGCGAUUCCAAACACCCGAAAUCCAAGAGGACAUUGCUUCAGGAAUUGGAUAUUUGGGAACGCACACAGGGAGGGCAUGCAGCGGCGCCGUCGCCGUUCACCCCAUCUAACAAUGUGAUGCGUAAGGAUUUCGAUGCAAAUGAAUGGUCAACCAAUCACGAAGACGACUUCAAGCGUUUGAUCGCGAAUGCGCGUAAAAAGAGUGAGACUCGGGUACGAUCUGCAAUCCCUGAACCAUCUGUAUCUUCGUCUGGACCGGUGGAACCAAAAUUACAGCAGCCAGUUGGGUUGGAAGUGAAUGGUGCACAGGUUGAGUUCAAUCCAGACACUGAUGUCAAUCAUGUUAUCGACCUUUCUGGAUGA